GGAAACUUGACACCUCCGGGCUUGGAGUGGCUGUUUCCUCCCUCCCCGGCCCAUAUAAACCUCAGCCUACGGCUCCUGCUCGCUGCACCCCACCUCCUUGACCUGGUCAGCCCCGUGAGGACAUCAGCUCCAGCUCCAGGGUCCUAAUGGCAGCUGAGCCAUUGACUGAGCUGGAAGCAGCCAUCGAGACAGUGGUCACCACCUUCUUCACCUUUGCAAGGCAGGAGGGCCGGAAGGGCAGUCUCAGCGUCAAUGAGUUUAAGGAACUGGUCACUCAGCAGUUGCCUCACCUGCUCAAGGAUGUGGGCUCCCUAGAUGAGAAGAUGAAGAGCUUGGAUGUGAAUCAGGACUCGGAGCUCAAGUUCAAUGAGUACUGGAGACUGAUUGGGGAGCUGGCCAAGGAAAUCAAGAAGGAGAAGGCCCUAGAGACCCGGAAAAAGUAAAGCCAGCUGGCCAGGAUGGGGGCAGGCAGGACAGGGGUGGGCAGGGCUGUAGAAUCUUUCUCCCCCCAAAUAAAGCUUCCCCCUUGAAACACAAA